CUCUCUGUCUAGUUAGUUCUGAUUUAAAGUUCUUUAUUAUGUUCAGGUGUGUCUUGUUAAUUAUCCUAGUUUGGUCUGUGUAUUUAAGUUCCUGUCUUUUCAGUUUGAGUUUGUUGAGUAUUAUCAAUGUUAUGUAUGUCUAAACUAAAGCCAAAGCCCCCCGAGCUCUACAAGUCAUCGCCUAGGAGAGAAACAGAGCUGUUUAUGAAUGAACUGUCUGUCCUGUCACAGCCAUGGAGUUUGUACCUGAAUAAUCUGUUUGUUUUAUAACAAUCAUGGAGGUCAUUCCCCUGUCAGUGGCGCUUCCAGUAAUGGGAGCCAUCAUUUUGUGUGUGUGGGCUGUACACAGAGCCAUUACUCCUCCAGAGACUGCAAAGUCCACCCCAGGACUUCCUGUCUACCCAGAAACAACUAAGGAGCUCAUCCUCAGUGUGAGGUAUCUUUUAUGUGGAUUCGCCGCGGGACUUCCAGUCUCCAGCUACAUCAGGGUUGGAGGAUCCCCGGUCUCCAACUCCAACCUCCGAGCCCUGGUCUCCACCUCAGCCCGUAGAUCCAUUGGCUCCACCUUGGCUCUUAGCUCCCUCAUCUCCACCGUGGCCCGUCAUCCCACCAGCUCCGCCAGGCUCCUUCACCCUUCAGCUCUGACGUGGUCAGUCAUCCACUGCCUUCACCUCAGGACUACACUCCUCUGGCUUCACCUCAUCCCUUCAUCCCUCUGGCUCCAUUGGGCUCCUCCCUCCCUCCGGCUCCACCUUGGUCCUCUGUCGCUCCAGAUCCACCGUGGUCUUCUGGAUCCCCGCCUCGGUUGCCAGAGCCAUCGGCUCUGCCCUGGCCCUCUGGAUCCUCAGUGUCAACUUGGUUCUGCGGCUCUCCGUCUCUGUCCUGGGGUCCUGCUCUGCCUCCGUCAGUCAGCCCACUGGUCUUGUCAGCCCUUCCUCCACCAUGGCUCCUCCUUCCAUUGGCUCCACCGUGGGCCGCCAUCCUGGCUGCAGCCUGGGUCUUGCCUGCAUCCUCCUUGGUUCCUCCCUCUGUGUGCUCCACCUUGGACUGUGUUUGUCGUCCUCCUCCAGUUUUUUGCUCCCGAUUGUCGGGCUGUCUGCCCUUCGCUAUCCGUUUCUGCCUAAAAUCUAAUUUUAACAAUUUGAAUGUUUGUCUUCAUAAUUAUAUCCAGCUGGUUAUACCACCAUGUUUUUUUAUUUUUUUA